ACUCACUGUCCUCUCUUUCUCUUUGCAGUUUGCAUUUUCAUUUUGCAGAUAGCUCCUUCAUUCGUCACUGACUCACUCAAUGGCUGACCGAGUUCACCCCCGCGACUCGCCCCCCGAUUCCUCAGAAUUACAAAUGACCUCGUCUCAGGAGGCCGCCGUCGCUCCGAAGGCACUCCUACCGCCUCCAUCUGAGAAGCCUGUUCCACCGCCGGGAACCUACGUCAUCCAGAUCCCCAAGGACCAAGUCUACCGCGUCCCUCCGCCGGAGAACGCCCGUCGCUACGACCAAUACACUCGCCGGAAACACCGCCAGAGCCGCUGCUGCUGCUGCUUCUGCUGGCUUAUCGGACUCAUCUUCAUCCUAAUCGUGCUCCUCGGCAUCGCCGCCGGCGUCCUCUACCUCGUUUUCCGUCCGAAGGCGCCGAACUACACCAUCGACAGCAUCGCCAUCAGAGGGAUCAAUGUCACGUCGCUGUCGUCCACGGCGGCAAUCUCGCCGGAGUUUGAUGUCACCGUCAGGGCUGACAACCCUAACAAGAAGAUCGGGAUCAGUUACGAAACGGAUAGCUCCGCAGAAAUCUUCUAUAACGACGUGAGGCUGUGUAACGGCGCGCUGCCGGCGUUUUUCCAGCCGUCAAAUAAUGUAACGGUGUUUGAGACGUCGUUAAAGGGGAGCGGAAUCGAGCUGACGAGCGAGGAUCUAAAAGCGUUGCUGGGGGCGGAGACCAAACAGGAAGUGCCGUUGACCGUUAGGCUGAGGGCGCCGGUAAAAAUAAAAGUGGGGUCCGUUAAGACGUGGAAGAUUACCGUUAAGGUGGACUGUGAUGUAAAGGUGAAUGAUCUGACGGUGAAGGCCAAGAUUGUUUCUAAGCAUUGUAAUUACAGAGUGAAUCUGUGGUGAUAAGGGUGUGUUUGGUUAUAGAGAUAGGGGGAAACCUUUAUGAGAUUAUACAUUAUUUUUUUUAUUUAACAUACUGUAGUGAUGUUGUUGAUGUUGAUUUUGAAUAUACUGUAGUGAUGUUUUCAGACAUUAUACAAUACAUUAGAUGG